CAGGAGUCUUUGCCUAAAUGGGUCCAGUCAUGCCUCCUAGUAAGAAGCCUGAGGGCACAGGAAUCAGUGUUUCUAGCCAGUGUUACAGGAGUAGCACAUUAUCCAACCCACUCCAAGAUGAUGAUGACUUGGACUUCCCACCACCCCCUGUGAAAAUCCAUAAAGAGAAAGGUGGAAUGGAAGAUGAGGAACUAACAAAUUUGAACUGGUUGCAUGAGAACAAGAACUUGCUUAAAAGUUUUGGGGACACUGUCUUACGAAGUGUCAGCCCUGUUCAGGACAUUGAUGAUGACACCCCGCCUUCACCUGCUCAGUCAGACAUGCCCUAUGAUGCUAAGCAGAACCCAAACUGCAAACCUCCAUAUUCUUUCAGUUGUCUCAUAUUUAUGGCCGUUGAGGAUUCUCCCACCAAGAGACUGCCAGUAAAGGAUAUAUACAACUGGAUCCUAGAACACUUUCCUUACUUUGCCAAUGCUCCAACAGGCUGGAAGAACUCUGUCAGGCAUAAUCUAUCAUUAAAUAAGUGUUUUAAGAAAGUGGAUAAAGACAGAAGUCAGAGCAUUGGCAAAGGUUCUCUGUGGUGCAUAGAUCCUGAAUAUAGGCAAAACCUGAUACAAGCCUUGAAAAAGACCCCUUAUCAUCCCUACUCAUAUGUUUUCAACACCCCGCCCACAUCUCCUCAGGCAUAUCAAAGCACACCAGUCCCACCCCUCUGGCCAGGAAGCACCUUCUUUAAGAAGAAUGGAGCCUUGCUCCAAGAUUCCGACAUUGACUCUGCUUCUGCCAUGAUGCUAUUGAAUUCUGCCCAUGAGUUACAAACAGGUUUUUCUCCGGGUGUGAUACAAAAUGGAGCCAGAGUGUUGAACAGAGGAUUCUUCCCAGGUGUCCGACCUUUGCCAAUUAAUCCUAUUGGAGCUAUGGCUGCCUCAGUCAGAAAUGGGAUUGCAAAUUGCCGAACGAGAAUGGAGAGUGAGCCGUCUUGUGGAUCUCCCUUGGUUAGCAGUGAUCCCAAAGAUGACCACAAUUACAGCAGCGCCAAAUCUGCUAACAAGAGGAGCUCAUCUCCCAGUGACUCCAUAUCGUCUGCCGACGAUCACUACGAAUUUGCAGCCAAAGUCUGCCGAGAAGGCAGUGAUAUCAGCUUCCAGAGCCACGAGAGCUUCAGCGAGACAGAGGAAGAGGACAAGAAACAGAUAAAGAAGGAGCUGAAGGAUCCCCUGGUUGAGAGCAGCUACUCCUCCCAACACAAGAAAAAGCAGCAUUUACUAAAACUUCGGAGGAUCCCCAGUGAUGCCCUUCCUCUGAAAAAGAGACGCACAGAAAAACCACCCGAGAGUGACGACGAGGAGAUGAAAGAGGCAGCUGGGUCCCUCUUGCAUUUGGCAGGAAUCCGCUCUUGUUUGAAUAACAUCACCAAUCGGACGGCUAAGGGACAGAAAGAGCAAAAGGACAAAGACACCACAAAAAAUUAGUGCAAAUCCGAUAGAAAUGGUUUUAAAAUCCAAACAUUUCAGCACGUCAGGUGAAUUCAAAUGAUCUUGUGGCAAUAUCAACAUAUUUUUCCCCUUUAUUUUUAUUUUGGUGUUUUUUUGUUUGUUUUUUUUUUU